AUGUUCGAGAUCUUGACCGAUCCGCGACUUGAGGCCGCGCUGCCGACCACACCUCAGUGUUACUGGUCACGCAAUGACUUGGCAUGGGGCGAAGUGUGUCCUUCGGAUAGCCCCAGCAAGACGGAGGGCGACAAUUUCCGGUUUCCUUCUCUGCGCAUGGGUGGGCGAGAAGUAGAGACUGACGUAUUGUCGCCUUCGGUUAAGCAGGGCUCUUUCGAGGGCUCACUGCCCCGCUCCUCUGAUGCGGCUUUGUACAGCUUCGGUGUACAGGAUCCAGGUAGGGCGUUUUUACAGCCGAGCCGGAGCUCCUUCCACUCUCUGCCGCACAGCCUUCCUCUGAGGGUUUGCUUUGCCCCUUCAUGGCGAACCCACUGCAACCACUGGUGCCGGGGAUUCUCCCCCAUCCAGCCUCCGAGUUGCCCUCUGUCGCAGCAUGUGCGGGCUGUUCCCAGCACUGCAACCAGUCCACUUCCGGCCGCCGGCGCUUUAUGCCCCACCUCCGACUUCACGGAGGUUUGUUCCACUAUGUCCGACACGGCCUCCGGCCACGAAGUUUGUGUCCAUCCCUUGAGGUCCGAGGAACCGGCCUGGCUCUCCGCUAAGCCUUUUGUGACGGUCCGCCGACAUGACCUUCCUCAUGCGGACAUCAUAAGGCCGCCAGACAGCGAGGACAGAGAGCGUCGCACUCCGCCGCCGAGCAGCCGAGCACCUGCAGUGAGGCAUCCAGGCAACAUCGCAUUGCUACGAGCCACACACGUGAAAGUCCUACCAGCGGAGGUGAGGGCCGCACCUGUCUAUCAGGGACCGAUUGGCGCAUUCACCUGGACAGGCAGUGAAAACCAAGCCCCAGGUACAUACACUGUCUUCGAUACAGUGCGCGACUACACGAUCGAGCGAGCGCCCGCUCACUCAAGCCUCCAUGAGGUCGUAGCGCUGGCCAUGAGCGCAUGUCCCUUCACUGUUGGCGCGGUUCAAGUCCUGAUGGUCACGGUUCCGGGACUGCCCUGCCCGCAACUUGUUUUGCAAGCAACCGCCCAGCCGCCCACCGACAGGCCAAUACCAUGGGAUUGCCGAGCUAUUGGUGAAGGGGUUUACACGCUGAGGCAUCAUGUGGGGCAAUCGCGUACAGAUGCCAUUGGAGCACUCAAUCGCCGAAUCCGUGCCCCACGGAACCUGGUUGAUGAGCACGAACGUGGCCUGCUCCAAACCACGGACGCGGCCGGAGCACUGCCUCCGAUCUUCCCACAAGACCUCGAGGUCAUGCAGCAUGUCCGAGUCCAGCCUGGCCCUCAGCAGUUCCCUCUAGGACUACAUCUCCCGCGUCCUGUCGGAGACACAGGGGUCAUUGACAUAGGAGACACCACUGGGCGACCGCGAGUCUAUGUGUCUCCUCCUCUGCAAGCCACCCUCAGGCUCAUCAUCAUUCGAGGAACCACUCAAUUCUCAGCCGAGGUACCAGCCGGAUGCCAGCAGAUCGAUUCGAUCUUGCAGCAGCUGCUUGAGCAGCACCAUGCACACCUGGCCCUGCCUGACACUUUCACCAUUGUCCUGGCCAGGGCACUGCCUCUAAGAGCCGGCUUCUUCCAAGAGGUCAUCUUCGUGUUGAGGGAGGACAGCCGCGUAGUCUGUGUAUGGGAUUCAAGGCAUUUGGGGCAACGGCUGCAAACGAGCGAACUUAGCCCACAGCAGUCCACCCACGACAUUCUGCCGGAGCAGUGGCGAAACCUAGGCUGGCGACUCUUCGUCAAUGGGGCACCCGAGGCAGCAGCACUCCGUCAGGUGCAAGCUGGUGACUACCUGCAGCCGUGCACAAGCCAGGCUUGCCCUGGCGUCGUCCCACUGGCUAGCGUUCUGGCAAGCUGGCCGGAGCUCAGGCCGUACGCAUGGGAAAUGUCAGUUGGCCUUGAUAGAUGGCAGCUGUACGCUGCUUCUCGCACCAGGCGUAUACAGCUCGGCAGUCACAGGAUGCCAGAGGGCCUAGCCCGGCUGUACGGACCCCACCAUGGAGAAGUCUUCCUUAACCUUGCCACCCAUGUGACUCCCACUUCUCAGCAGGUCGAGGAUGCAGUGUUAGGCUUAAGUGAUUUCCCAAGGAACCUCAGGUUCCGCAGGACGCCACACGCUGGAUAUCACGGUGCCACCUUUGUCAGCGCGUAUAGGCAUCGACUGGCCAGCACUGUGCUGUCCCCUGCACCGGGGCACCCUGGACAUUUCAUUGUCUUGAUGGUACAUCCAUCUGUCAAUGUCAUUUCGGGAAUUCCUGCUGCAGCGCGCACUAGCCUCUUUCCUCAGUCAGGCCUUUCGCAUGGAGAUGUGCUUGUGUCAGUCCUGGAUCCACAAAUGCUCCCGGACAUUGACUCGGACGAGGACCGGCACUUCCUUAGUGCAUCUUCCAAAUUUGCUGCAGCUUCGACAGAGGUCAAACAACGGUGCUACGAGGCCGCCAACAAAUGGGGUCUUCUCGAGCCUGAACCCUGUGUGGGCGGAUUGCCGCUCCGUGUCAAGCAGUUUCUUGAUUGCCGUGAUGACACUUCAGAGGCUCCAGCCACCUGCACACACUUUCUUGAGCCGAACGUCGUGGAAAUGCCUGAGCCAAUUGCCUUGGCCUCCUGCGAGCAGCAUGCUCCUGCCAGGCUCCUCACACCUGCAGGCACCGUGCAGGAAGGCGCACGACCACCAUCCACCAACCAAGGGAAUGCUGCCCUCGGCUCCGCUACCAGUCCCUCACGGGCACCUAUGGCAGGCACGCAACCCACGAGCAUGGGUAUCCCCACCCCGUUCGGCCGCCGCCGUCUGCCAUCUUGCUCCCAUGAGCCAGAGCCCGACGGCCCUCCGAAACGGCAGACUGUUCUGCUUGCUCCAGCUCUGGCUGAGCCGGACUUUUCACAAGAGCACCGCCUCAGUCUUGCUGUCUCAACAGAGGUUAAGGACUUCGCUUAUCAGCCCUUCACUGUCCCCAACCUGCACAAAGUUGUUGAUGAGUCCGCCAUGCACCCAGCUGCCCAGCGGUUGCUUUCGGGCCUACGACCCCUGCAAGAUCACGUCACCGGGGAUGCUGCGAUGCUUUUCACCGAUGGCUCGUUUGAUCCAGUCGCAGGAACAGGAGCAUGGGCAGUAGCUGUGCUUGUGCGGUCUCAACAGGACUGGCACUGGGGUGGUUUCUUAGCAGGGGCUCUAGGUGCCGAUCUGCGGCAACUUGUGCACAGUGCCUACGAUGCGGAGCUUUUUGCACAGCUUGUCGCACACCUCAUCUGCCUGGCCAACCCGUGGUCCGAAGCUGCAAUUAUAUUCGAUGCUCAGGCGGCCGCUGAGGUCACUCAAGGCACUGCGGCCAGCGCCAGCUUUGGAGCUCUGCCCCGUGCAGCGCUGGCUGCCAGACUCUGUACAAUUGUGCAAGGCCGGGAGCCUGUGCUGCAACACGUGCACAGCCAUACUGGCCAUCCAGGCAAUGAAUUGGCUGACUCUCUGGCAACUUGUGCGGCUCGCUCUGACCUCAAUUCCACCGAGCUCAACAUGCAUCUCCGCCACCUUGUCGCCGACCCGGCCCUCCAGUGGCUCUGGCUUGUCCAAGCUCCCAUGGGUUGCGGCUGGCCAAGACUUGAUGAGCAUGGCAUCAUUUGCCCCGCCAGCCUUCCGUGUGCAACAGAGGGCUUCCGGGCCCCCAGUGACUGGACCCCACCCACGGUCGAUCUCCAAGGUCCAGCACGUGAUCUCAAGAUUAAGCUGUGCACCUGCAACACUCUGUCGGCGCGCACCAGCCUGCAGCGACACAGCUUACAGGCCUACCUGCGGACACACCGCCUGGAUGUCCUGUUCUUACAGGAAACCCGCGAAGGGGCAGAGCCUUGCAGGACCGUUGACCACGUCUGGCGGUUUUCUAGCCACGCCGACAAAGGUCAGUUGGGCUGCCAGAUAUGGGUCGACACCAAGUUCCAGCCCGCAGCCUGGGACACGACAUCGUUUGCCGUUGUGUUCAGCCAUCCACGGCUCCUACUUGUCAAGGCCAAGCUCCUGGGCCAGCCGGUGAUCCUCAUUUCGGGUCAUGCCCGAACCUCCACCGCAUCUGACUCUGAAAUCAAUGACUGGUGGGACUUGCUCGAACGGGCAUUGGCUACCGCUCCUCGAGGACACAUCCCUUUGAUCGGCAUUGAUGCCAAUGCCCACUGGCAUGGCUCCACACCUACCAAUGCCAAUGCGUGCCACAUGGAUGCCCUCCUGCAGCGCCGUGGACUAGCGUCCUCGGGCACCACAGACAUGCAUGGUCGGCCUAUCGUCACCUGGCGAUCUCCCCAGGGUCAUGAACUCUGCUUAGACUUUGUUCUGCUCCCGCGGGAAUGGAUGCCCCAGGCUAGCAAUAUCGGGGUGGUCCCGAUUCUGGAUCAGUUUGCGGGUAUUGACCACGAACCCCUGGUGAUCACUGUAGCCGGUCAACUGCCUUCAUCUUCCACCUCAGGGGCGCACCGUCUUGACAUUGAGAAGAUGCAUACGCCAGAGGGUAAACGGGUUAUAGAGUCCAUCUUUCGCAGUGCCCCUCGGCCUGCGUGGGAAGUCGAUGUUGAUGAGCAUCUCUUUGCUCUCAACUCCCACUUCCAGCAGCAGCUGCAGCAUGCCUUCACUCGCCCGAAGGCGCGGCCCCGCAAUCCCGUCAUCUCUGCCGACACCUGGGCAUUGCUCCUGCAAAAGCGCUUCCUCCGCCGACAACGGCAUGGCUCCCGGCAACAACGCUUGCGAAGACUCCUGCACUUCUGCUUGCAAACCUGGGCGGGAGGCCGUUCUACCGCGGCCUGCGCCCUCAACGCCACAGGUGUGUGGCGGGACAUCGCCAAGGAGGUCAUUCAAGGCUGCAUGCACCACGUGCGCCUCCGGCGCCUGGCAAAACAGAUCAGGAGGUCCGCCAACGCAGACGAGGCGGCUUUCACGCGCCGUACCUUUCAGGAUGCGGCCGCUGAGGGUCCAUCCCGCAAAGCACACCUCAUCCGAGCAGUGCUUAAAAGCGGCAGGCGGUACCGACCUUGUCGGCUCAGUGUUGCGCUGCGAAUCGGGGACACGAUCACCACCGACCAGGACGAAGUCACCCAAGCGUUCGGCCAACACUUCGCACGCGCAGAGAAAGCUUCCACGGUUCGCUUCUCGACGCUUGCGCAGGAAGGGGCGUCUCUGCCAACCCCGCAGACUCUUGAGGCCACCGGGCUGCCAUCCAUUGCGGACCUGGCGCAUGGCUUUGCUUGCCUGCGCACUCGCAAGGCACCAGGGCUUAGUGGACUUAGCGGGGACUUCUACCGUGCAGCACCCGCUUUGGCUGCUUGUGCACACUAUCCCUUGAUCCUCAAGAUGGCCUCGAGAAACCGUGCUCCUCUUCUGUGGACAGGCUCGAAAUAUGUUCCGAUCCCGAAGCCACUCAAAGACAGUCUGACAGUGCAGGGCUACCGAGCCAUAGCCUUGCUCGAAUCAUCGGCCAAGGCCUUCGGUAAAGCUAUCAGACGACCUCUGUUAGAAAGUUUUGAGACCAUCGUCCAGCCCGGCACCGCAGGCGCACGUCGAGGUUUUCCGUUGGAGCUGCCCGCGCUAACUGGUCAAGCCUUCCUUGACUUUCUGCACGCUCGGCAACACUCAGGUGCGCUUCUCUAUGUCGACGGGGUGAGUGCCUUUUAUGCCACGAAUCGACAGGUUCUUGGCAUGGGCUCUGACCAAGAGCGCCGUGACUGGAUCACGUCCCUCCCGGUUGACCAGGCCAUCAAAGAAGCCUACCUCAGCAUUGUCGGCGGACAGUCCAGCCUUGAGCGAGCCCAGGUCGAUGAAAUGAUACAAAGGCUUGUUCGGUCAGGGUUCUGCCCGACGUGGUUCACAGUGCAGCCGGCCGACGGCUUUGUCUUUCAGACUCAAGCCGGCACAGUUCCAGGAGCACCCCUGGCCGACCUGCUGUUCCAAUUCGCGGCAGCUCCGGCUUACCAGACCUUGCAGCAGUGUUUACAGCAAGAAGGGCUCGCGGUCUCCCUUGAAGGAGUUGCCUCGCAUGCCCUCACAUGGCUCGACGAUUUUGCCGUCCCCAUGCUUUCGCCGACUGCGCACGCUCUUCCCGCCCGUCUUGCGCGAGUGGCCGCACUCACUUCACAGGCCCUGGCUACCACCGGUGUUGCCAUGAACUUCGAGCCAGGCAAAUCGGAAGCCGUUGUGUGCAUGUGUGGACAGGGCUCGCAACAGGCGAGGCAGGAGCUCUUCGUGGCCAAGCGCGGGCGGAUCUCGGUAUCUCUGCAGCCCGGAGAGCAAGUUGAGCUUGUCUGCACUCCGCGCUACACCCACUUGGGUUCAGUGCGGAGUCCUGAAUGCAACGCGCUGCCGGACAUCCGCCGACGGCGCACACUAGCGGCAGAUGUCUGCACUAAAGUCUGUCGCAGGCUCCUGCGAAACCCAGCGCUUGAGAUGGCAGAAAAGCGUACCUAUCUCUUUUCAUUGGUCCUCUCGAAGUUUAUGCACGGCUUAGCUACCUGGGCGAUGACUACGAAGAAGGAGCAAACAGCAUACCAGGCGGCCUACAUGUCGCUUCUGCGGCCUGCGGUGCGGCCUCUGCUGAGCUUCCCUUGCUGGAGACUCACCCACGAGCAGACGUGUGCGGUCUUGCAUGCCAUGACCCCAGACGAAGCUUUGCACUGCCACAGAGUGCGCAUUAUCGCUCAGGUUGCUGCAAAAGGCACACCUUUUAUGCGUGCCCUUCUUCAUGCCUCCGGACUUUGGCUGAACCAGGCAUGGCAGGCGGUGAGCUGGCUCGUCAGCCUUGACCUCAGCUCAUCCCUCCGAGUUUGGGUGCAAUCUCACGACAAGUCCGAGCUCCUGCAGGCUUGGCCGUUGAGCUGUGUGGAGACCACGGCACUACUACGCCGAGCCCGUCGCCUUUGCAUCAAGCAGCGUGAAUCGAUGAUACCGGGCAGCGUGAGGAAGGCCCGGGCCUUUCACAAGGCCGAGCAGGCAGGCCUCCUACACUUUCGCUGCCACAUCGGACAGGACACCCAACAAUGCCACCGGUGCGGAGCACGGUGUGCGUCCAAGGCUGCCCUCGCGGCGCAUGUCCGCAAAGUCCACGGAGUCGCGGCCCCGCAACGAGUCGCCAUGGGAACGGCUUGUCUUUGCUGUGGCAAAGAAUUUUGGGCGACCAGUCGCCUGCGCGAGCACUUCAGAACGGCCACUACAUGCCGCACCGUGUAUGAGCAUGCAGAUCUGAACGCUUUGCCAGAUGAGCAGAUAGGGACUCCUCAGCACCCUGUCGUGCCCUUCAUCGGGCCGCGCCCUUUCUGGGCGACACUGCGCCCGGCCAACGCCAUCGCAGUCAAUCCUCCCCCACCUUCCACGCACGCAGCCUGGUUCUCUGCCUUCCUUAGCAUCACGGAGCUCGCUGGCCUUCCCAUGUUUUGUCAGCGGUGGCUCGAGGCUGUUUCUUGCGUAGAUCUUGGGGAGCUCCGCAAUUCCUGGCAUCGCAUGCAAGGAUGCGUGAGCAACCAAGUUCAACGAUUUGCUCUUGCUUGGUCCCAAUUUUGUAUGGAUGUGCAGAGCCCAUCCUUUUUCGAGGCAGAAGGAAUAUCGUACAUGCAGAGGGAGGGGCGAGCCAUGAUAGCUGACUCUGCUACCAUGCAUGCCCUCCAGUGCGACUUUCCUGAUGUCUAG